UUCCUGAUCACUUUUCUCUUUGUUCUCAUGGACAUUCCAGCAGCUGCAUAUCUGCUAUUCCUGAUCUUUUAUUCCUACAAAUCUCUGAAGACAAGUUAUGUCAACAGCCACUUUAAUUAAUUUGGUACGAAACGGGGGGUAUCAAGUAAGAAGGAGAGCUGUGCUAACGUCCCGCCUCUUGCAAGACGAGAAGCGUCCGACAGCUGCCUGCUACAGCUCCACCUCUGAGCGCCGUGCUUCCCGCUUCGAUCCAGAUGGGAGUGGGCGACCUACUACAUGGGACACCUUUGGCAUCUGGGACAAUCGCAUUGACGAACCUAUUCUCCUCCCACCAAGCAUAAAGUAUGGGAAGCCGAUUCCAAAAGUAAGCCUGGCCAACGUGGGCUGCGCUAGCCAUAUUGGGAAGCGCAAGGAAAAUGAAGACCGGUUUAAUUAUGCUCAGCUGACAGAGGAUAUCCUGUACUUUGCGGUAUAUGAUGGACAUGGUGGGGCAGCAGCAGCAGACUUCUGUGAUAAGUACAUGGAAAAAUACAUUAAAGAAUUUCUUGCUGAGGAAGAGAACCUGGAAAAUGUUUUGAACAAAGCUUUUCUAGAAAUAAACAAUGCGUACGAAAGGCAUGCUCAUCUGUCUGCUGAUGCAACUCUGGUGAACUCUGGGACCACUGCAACAGUGGCUCUGCUCCGGGACGGUAUCGAGCUGGUUGUGGCAAGUGUGGGAGACAGUCGUGCUCUGCUGUGUCGAAAGGGAAAGGCCAUGAAACUCACCAUUGACCAUACUCCAGAAAGAAAGGAGGAGAAGGAAAGGAUUAGGAAGUGCGGUGGCUUCAUUGCCUGGAACAGUUUGGGACAACCUCAUGUGAAUGGUAGACUUGCAAUGACGCGGAGCAUAGGAGAUUUGGAUCUUAAAAACAGCGGUGUGAUAGCCCAGCCGGAAACAAAAAGGGUUCAGUUGCAUCAUGCAGACGACAGCUUCCUGGUCCUUACUACAGAUGGUAUUAACUUCAUGGUGAACAGUCAGGAGAUCUGCGACUUCAUUAACCAGUGCCAUGAUCCUGCUGAAGCUGCCCACGUUGUUACUGAGCAGGCAAUGCAGUUCGGCACUGAAGACAACAGCACAGUUGUCAUAGUGCCAUUUGGAGCAUGGGGAAAGUACAGAAACGGUGAGAUCAACUUCUCCUUCAGCCGCAGUUUUGCUUCCAGUGGGAGAUGGGCGUGAAGACCUGCCACAGCUAUCUUUUCCUGCCAUAAUCUGGACACAGCGUGCUGCAGGAGAACAUAUCCAUCUGUUCAUAGGUUGACUCAGUGUCUUGUCCAUCUCUUCUGUUACAGAAGAUGCCACUGCUCCCUCAGUGCGUAAUGCCCGGUUGUUGCUUACGGCUGAUCGCAUUUGGCUGUGUUUAUUUAUUCCAGUCAGCAUUGAGGCAGCUAUUUCUUUGGGUUUGUAGCCCCAGCAGCUCUGCACACCCACUUUGUUCACAUAGACGAGGCUCUGGGCUUUCACCUAAGGCUGGAGGUGUUGCACAAUUGCUUCAUACCUACUUGUAUUACCCAGGACCCUUAGUUACCUGGCAGCUGCGUAAGUCUGAGUCUCUGAGCCACAUACUAGCUUCUUUGUGCAUUCAAACGUGGGGAACAAACGCACAGUGUUCUUAGCUAGAAAAAAGGUGGGUUUGUUGUCUUCCUCUGCUGUGCAGCCACCCAAAACUCCCCUGUGCUUCAGGAGAAGUGGGUGAAAAAUAAGGGAGAAAUUUCAGAAGUGUUUAGGUUCUGAUGCCAGUGGUAUUUGGUGUAGCUGAACGACUUCCUGAGACAGUACUGCUUUGCAGGGCUUUAUGCUCUCACCACCACUGUCUGUGAUCCUCUCGCUCCAAGGAGACGGAGCAGGCUGGAGCCAUGUGCCCUCGGACAGAUGGGAACGUUUGUCCAUUGGGUCCAAAGCCUGUACGGUCUCUGUGGACCAUGCAGCUGCCCCUUGCGCUGUCUUCUCUUUGGUGUGCCAGUGCUUGGCAGGAGCACAGAGGAGGGAAGAAGCUGCACAUUUUUGAUAUCCAGAGACUCAUCAAUUUGAGUUUCCUUUUUUUUUUUUUUUUAAGCAACUAAUUUUAAACAGUUUACUAAUCAAGAUUCUUUGGAUGUGUAAGACAGGAGAUUUAUUUCUUCAUGAAUAUAUGAGGAUUUUCCUGCCCUCCACCAAAGGUUUCUUUCAGUUAUUUAUGAUCUCCUGCGUCUCUUCAUGGUAUACAGUGAGCUGUAAAACACCAAAGCAAGCAAGCUAGAGAAAGGAGAGAGCAUUAUAAUAAUGUACGGUAAUUCUUUCGUGUUUUGGGUAUUGUUUCUAGUACGUGUCAGAUAUUCAGACACCAGAAGGUAGUUUUAUACUUAAAGGAAGCAUUUCCACUUCCCUUUCUGGAGGAAGUCUCCAUCCAGUGAGGCACAGGGGCCAGAACUCUGAGUCAUGCUGCUGUGACACGGACUGCAGGCGACAUGUUGGCAGCAGGUGAAGAUCUGCCCCAGCAUGCCUCGUUCAGACCUCGUCCUUCCUCUGCUCCACAUCAGGUGUGCAGCUCCUAUGGCCUCCAAGUCACCCUGCUGCAAUGAAAUAUGGGCAGAGAAGAACUGGGUUCUUCUCAGGCUUGCUGCAGUAUUUUUCAUUCUGUGGGUGUUUCCAACAGCACAGUUGUAAAAACAAACAAAAUGAAAGAGAAGUUGCCUGAUACUAAAUCACCUUGCAAUAAGGAAAAAUAUUUUUGAGAUGUCUGUCCCGAUUCUUGUUUUCUGGUGUGAGGUACGCAUCUUCUUUACUUUUAGUCCAGGGUUACACCUUAGGCAGUUGUUCCACACGUUUUUCCUUGCCUCUGGCUGAAGGCGGAGCAGCACCUGGCAGAGCACAGUGUGCAAUACUAGGUGUUUAGAGAGAACGCUGGCUUUGUUCCAUCACUUGGUGUGUUACAUGCUGCAUAUAGUGUGUAUAUUCUGUUUAUAAGUACGAAGAGCUUGCUUGUGAGUUGUCGUAUGUAAAUCUCUGUCGUAUUGGAUGCUGUUGCUCAGGCCUCCAUAGCGAGUGCAUCACGGGUUUACAGGAACAAUCCCUUCUCUCUCGCCAGAUUUUCUCCAGGGUUGUGGUUCAGUCUUCAUUUGAGAUCAGACCGUUUGCUGGCCGCGCUCCCAGGCUCAGCCUCGCUGAGCUGAGCCAGAGGGGUGCUCUGACAGAGGCUCAGGGAGCUGCUCUGGGAGCAUGGCUACGGCCAGCUUGUGAAGCGACCUGCUAAACCAGCAAGUCCGAUGGCUGCUGGCAAAGGGUUAACCACAGCUGCAGCAAGUCUGACUCUGGGCACAGGGAAGGGUCGGAGGCAGCUCUGCAGAGGGAGUUGCUGUGGGGGUGGCUUUGGUAUCAAGUGUCAGACAGACUUGAUGGGUGCUGCAGGAAUUUGGACAAGCUCCAUCAACACUGUCCCCCUUCCAAACGCUGCUCGUUGCUGUUCGGCUGGCAAGCCAUCCAUCCAGGCAGAAGGUAUCAGGGGCGCUGGGGGUGUCCGUGACAAGUACGCACUGGGGGUUUUUUUUUGAACAGUGCUGGAUACGUGCCAAGCGGAAGAUACGGGAAAAAACACUGCUAAUGAAGAGCAGUUGCUCUGAGGAAUGACUUGCCAGUUAGAGUAGCUUCUAAAUACUGACAGAGAUGUAAUGUGAAAUGACAGUUUUUCUUCUCGUUGGAGGUUUUGGGGCUUUUUUGUUUUAGCCCUAUCUGGUUGCCUGAUUGCACAGAGAACAAAAGUGGUUGGGGGCUUUUAUCCUCUCAGAGGAAGGAUCCAUCCAUAACUUCUUUUAAAUUUUAUAAAGGAAGGGAUAAGACAAAGCUUUGCAAAAUAGAAGAUGAUUAGAUAAAGAUGUAUUGGCCAAUCACACAAAAAAGAUUGGAAAGAACUUCUGGGUGUCACCUCACCCAGCCUCCUGCUCGGAGCAGGGCUGGCUUCAGAAUUGCACACUGCAGUUCUCCUGGCACGAAAAUGCCGUGCCUGAAAAUGGAUGGCAGAAAGAAUGUAGCAGGCAGGGCGGUUUACCUGUGGAACCACUCGACUGUUAAGUUGAAAAGUUAAAAACUUACCAGUAUUUAACACGCACUUUGUACAGCUAACAAUAAAUUUCACAAAUAAAUUAGCACAUACAUGAAACUAAGGUAUGCGCCGUUUUGCGCCAAGCAAAAGUGAAUCAGUAACUGACAGAUUAGAGACGCAUUUCUUACGCAUCGGUUAUUCCCUGCUUGUUCACGCUAGUUUUCUGCACCUCAUUCUGAAGUAAAUGAGCUACUGAUGAAGAGUGAAUGCUUUGCCAAGUGGCCCAGUGGUCUGCCGGUUCCUCCUCCCAUGAAGAACAGAGGUACCUUCACACCAGUUUGUGUGAAUUCCUUACUUCAUGCUGCGCGGGGCAGGACUCAGACCGCCAGCUUGAAAAGCAUUUUGUAGCAGCACUCCAUUACCAGGCCCGCUGGCCUCUGCCUCCUGAACCACACACUGCUUUUUCCUGCCAAGGUGACAGUGAACUUCCCUAAGAUUUAGUGGCAACUGCACCAAACCCUGUUUUUCUCCAAGAAUUCAGGAAAAACUUGGACUCUCCGGGGUGAUGGACUUUUCACCAUUUGACGCUUCUCACUGAAGAGUCAUUAGAACAAGUCCCUGCGCUUGCAUUUCAGUUUUGGGGCUGUUUUGACACCGAUAUGGUGUUGGCAGAGCGAGCUUUGCCAGCACAUUCAUGCGUUGAGUGGGACUGAAUGCAGAGGGCACAGACUAUGAUGUUGGUGGAGUAAAGCCGUGCUGGGGAAGAUGGAAGUGGUUUGUCCUAGUGGCACUGAGGGAUCAAAUUAGCAGUGCUGCGGUAAUGUCCAGCAGCAAACCCCUUGGCGCAGGGUUCUCCACCAGAGCUGGGCACCGCUCUGUUGUGAUGAAGCUGUACUUUGUGAUGGGCUGACCUUGGCUGAACCAGCUACCCACCAAGCCGUUCUAUCACUCUCCUCCUCAGCAGGAUACGGUGGGGGGAGAAAAUAAGAUGGAAAAACCCCUUAUGGGUCAAGAUAAAGCCAGCUUAAUAAAGCAAAGGCAAAGGCUGCAUGCAAGAGCAAAGGCAAGCAGAUUUUUUUCUCUCCUUCCCAUCAGCAGGCAAUAUCCAGCCACUUCCUUGGAAGCAGGACUUCAGUACGUGUAGCAGUUGCUCCACAAGACAAACGCUGUAAUGCUAACUAACGCCCCUGCUCCUCCUUUCCCCCCCCGAUCGGCACAGGCCAGGCCCCAGCAGCGUGCCGGAGCUGUUGGGUUUUCAGCGGGGCAGGCACGGCACCCUUCUGCCAGGUGGCGCCUCAGUUUGCCAGGGUUGCUUGUUUGUUCAGGUGUAAAGUCCCAGGUUACAGGAGGCAAUAAUGGCCCUGGGGACCUGCCCACACACCCUGCCACCCGGGGCCUGCCUGCCUCCGCACAUUUCAGCAUUGCCUCACCCAAAAGUUGUCUUCCCAUACACCAGGAUGCCAGAUUCCACAAAUCCCCUAAUAUUGCGAACAGCGUUAAUCACUAGUAUUAAACGGCUCAUGUAAGGGCGAACGAGGGCAUCGUGAAUCUGCAUAAUAAAACCAUCCACGUGAAUCCUGGGGAGGAAGAGAGAGAUGUAUUUUCCCUCACCCUUCCCGCAAGAGAGCUCCCCCAGCACGGCAAGGCCAUGGAUGCCAGGACAAAGCACGUGGCCAUCGUUUGUACUCGCCCUUCCCAGGCUCAGCAGAAGGAAGAGAUAAGCGGCGCAGCCACACACCCCGCGAGCCGCGCAGGAGCCUGUCCCCGCACCACUGCUACAGCACGCCUGAUACGGAACCGCUUCUGGCUCGUGCCCCACGCUGGCUGCCGCAAAGGACUUGGCGUGGUGAACUGCCCUUGACUGGUCAACCAGGUGCCCACCAAGCCACUCUGCCACUCCCACGGGGUGGGGAGACACUAAGAGGAAAAAAAUCUCACGGGUCAAGAUAAAGCCAGUUCAGUAAAGCAAAAGCAAAGGCCGCAUGCAGAAGCAAAGGAAAACAAGAGCUAAAUCUCUCCUCCCCCACAGCAGGCAGUGUCUAGCAACUUCCUUGGAAGCAGGGCUUCAGUAAGUAUAGCGGGUGCUCCAGGAGACAAACAUUAUGAUAAUAACAAAUGCACCCCCACCCCCACCUUAGCUUUUACGGUAUGGAAUAUCCCGGUAUGGAAUAUCCCGUUGGUCGGCGUGGGUCAGCUGUCCUGGCUGUGUCCCCUCCCAAGACCUUGCCCACCCCCAGCCUACUGGUGAGGGGAAGGUUGGAGGGACAGCCUUGAUGCUGUGCCAGCGCAGCUCCAGUGCCACCACUGGUGUGGUGGCCCCACCUUUCUGGCUACCAAUACAAAGCACAGCACUGUGGGGGCUGCUACGGGGAAAAUUAACUCCGUCUCAGCCAGACCCAACACAUACGUUAGUUUUUUUCUAUCUAGUCAAUAAGCUGCCUGCUGCCCGUAGCAGCCCUGCAAGCAACCAGCUUUAUAGCCCAGGACCAGCAAAAUUCUCUCGCCUAGCAGAGAGCUCCUUUCAACCUGAGGACAAAAAGCAAAUUGUCCUAACAGCAGCAGUUGCCUAUCAGAGGUUCAUUACAGAGGGAUCACUAGCGGCAUCUCACAGUUUGAACGGAAUGAAACAGAUUGUCAGUUUGCUCUCCUGCUCCCUAUCUUUCCCACGCAUCUGUUGUUACAAGAAAAAGAAUGAGAUUAUUCAAAAAGAAUGGUCUUUGUUACAGCCUGAACUGAACAUUAAGGGUGACUUACCGAGCAAACCAUAACAGGUGUUUGCCUUUUCCCUGCCUUUUAGGGAUGGAUCCUGCACACUGGAUCUCUACGAGUAUUUUCUUGCCUGAACAGUCCCCCCCAGAGCGGUGGUAUCUCUGACUGUACGAGCACUGCGAGGGGUGGGCUGUAGGUGCAGGAAGUGUAAAGUGCUGUCCAGGUACUUGUUACUGUGAGGAUGUGGAAGGCAAGGCAGGCCAAGUGCUGCUGCAGGAUUUACCAGGAGACUGCAACUGGAGUGCCAGCUCAGUCUCUCCAGCUCCUGGAAAGGGGGGUUUCAUGCUCUGUAGAGGGAACUCACUAAAGUAUCUUUUGCAGCCUUGAUUUAGGAGAGCUGGUCCCUCUGGAAGGUGAGCAUAGUGCAAGAGAUUGAAAUGGGGAUGAGUCCAACAGUUCUUUUAAUACAGAGUCCUCAGUACAAUCAGUCCCUUUGGGUUGAAAAGCUCAGGGUUGGAGAAUAAUCAUGGAGCAGAGCUUGUGGCUGAGAAAUGGGGGUGAGGAGGGAAGUCAGCAAUAUUGCUGCUUUUUACAUACUUGGGGGAAAUGAAAAUUGCCGGAGCUUAGACUUACUGCAGGAUUCCCGCUGACUUCCACAGGAUCAGGGUAUCGGGUCACCUUUUCUUUCUCAGCAGGCAGAUGUGUUGUGGUCAAAGGCACUGGGAUUUCUAGCUAAGGGAGAAGAAGCACAAAACAACAGGUACCAGCGAAACUGGUUUAAUGUUAAAUUUUCUUGAAUAAAUUCAGUUGGGCACUGCUGGGUCCACUGGUCACUCACCCAACAAGCCCAAUGUAUGGUAUAGCAACACUCGGGGUAUUCCUUGGUUCCAAAGCUGCUGCCCUCAGUGCAGAGAUCUCCAGUGGAGUGUCCUCCUGACCCAGGCUAUUGAGUUCUUGGGCAGCAGUGUGUGCCAUAAAUUUCUAAAGAUGUAAGUGCAAUUGCAUACAUUCAUUACAUACUUUGCCUUAGGACUGUGUAUAAUUCCUGUGGUUUCAUGUUUAUGUUUGGUGUAAUCAGUGUCCAUAAUUCAUCUACUACUUAAUUUUAUAGAGGUGUCCAUUUUGCCUUUUUUUUUUUUUUUUUUUUAAACAUUUGUUCAUCUUCAUCAACUCAAAGCUAUGGUGGAGCAAACAAGCCUGUACUGGAAUGCUUAAAAGAUCUUUCAAUAAAUAAUUUGCUUCUAGA